AACCCGUUGAUAUGGUACCGAAACCGGGCCAACCGUCACAAAAGUGAUUACUACGAUUAUUAUCACUACAACAACCGAUAACCAACGCUUGACUCCUCUUCAAUAUGCGUUUUAUUACUUCCUCCGUGGCCUGUGUCUGGCUCAUCGGCUGCGUUGCUACUUCGCCACCCAGCUCAGCCGAUGCCACUCCAAACUCGAAUUAUGAUGAAUCUCGCUCGCCUUUCCCAAUUGCAUCCGGCCAUGAGAUCCAUCUUCCAUGCCACACGUCGUCAAUCUGUGGAAGCCGCCCUACUGAAAGGUUCAGCUCACACGACUACCUCGCAUUGACCUUCUCCACCGAGAACGACUCACUACUGGUGAACAACAACACUAUUCUCCCAGCUCGGCUCCCAAUGCGCUUGACUGCUACGAUACACUCGAAAUCACAGAACGCUGAUCCCGUCACCCUCACUCUGCGGUAUGGGAUGAACAUACUCCCCGUCCAGCGAUUCCAAACAGGUCCAAUAACCGACCAGUUCCGCCUGGAUCUCAACCUGUUCGACGAGUCCGGACAUGCAACAGAUGCCAAUAUGCUGUCCGUCGGACUUUCCCGCGAUACUCAUGAUACACUACGGAUCACAAUGAUCACGGUAAACCCUAGUCCCAAAGACUCAAAAUGCCAAGGCAAUAACACCCCUGGACCCCGACACUCAACACCUUCGGAACCAUCACCAUCGACGAAGCACGCCGGUCGGAGCCAUAUAUCCGAGUCCGAGUCCGAGUCCCAGGUUCACAAAUGGCUCGAUUCUGGCCGGAGGUUCGGCGAGAAGAGUUACGGGUCAUUCACUUCGGCGUUCAAGUCGCGGCCUUGUAAGUCGCAUUGUUCCGACCGGUACCCAUAUCCACCCAGUAGCCACGGACACAGCAGGGUGCCUAUAGUGGAUAUCCUGCGUGUCUUUUACCCGGCUAUUCUCCCGUUCUUACUUGGUGUAAUGGCGGGUGGUGCCAUUUGCCUUAUUGGAGUUAUGGUGCGCAAGUCUGCUGCGUACUGGUCUUGUGGGAAGAGGUGUGAAAGGGGUCGGGAAAGUUCCGGUGCUCGGAAUGAAGGGGAAACUACCGUCGAGAAGUCGUAAUUGGGUGUUGUUUGGGGUGUAUUUGGGAUUUUGAAGUUAUUAUUUUCCUAUGUACAUCUUUUUUUGGGUAUAACUUUAUCGACGAAUUAUGGUUUUGGUUUUUACACUCUUGCUAUUCUCCUC